AUGCCUACCACCCAGGUCACCCCGGCAGAGGAUAUUCUUCUGCAAGGGAUCGCCGACUCUCUUUUCAAAGCACGAAAGGUUGUCGUCAUUACUGGCGCAGGCAUCAGUACCAAUUCGGGUAUUCCUGACUUCCGAAGCGAAAAUGGACUUUACUCCCUGAUUCAAGCCCAGUUCGAUGCCGCGAAUCGGGUGGACGUUGCUGAACCGAGGAGUUUUGGAUCAGCUGAUGCCGGUGGCAAUGAACGGGAACCGCCUACGAAACGGAGGAGACUUUCAUUUGAGGAUUCCGGCAUUUGUCUAAGUGACGACACGCAAAACUCACAAGCUCAAGGAAGCAAUGCAUCCGCUCUACAGGGCUCCGAUUCGAACACGGUGAGGUCCACUGGGCCCAUCACUAGGGCGAGGUCGAGGGAAUCAACCGAGAGGAAUCCGGUUCACGUUACGCCAAAAACCUCGAGGUUCUUCUUCAGCUCCUCGCCUCUGUCAUCGCCCCCUAGUGCAUUUCCGCAAACGCCUAUUUUCCUAAGAGACGCAAGCCGCUUCACACGAUCGACCCUACGACAGCAGCCAAUGGGUUUCAGUUCCUCGCCAUUAUCCUCCCCUCCGCCAGUCUUAUUCGAUCCCUUUGAAGAGCCUUCAUCGUCAACUAGUAGGCAGACAUCGAGUGCGGCCAGCAGCGCAGCAUCUUCGGAAACCGACGAAACACCACCGUCCUCACAGCCCAGCAAGUCGACUUUGCCCAACAUCAAAGGCAGAGAUCUAUUUGAUGCCUCUAUAUGGGCGGAUCCCUUGAGAACAUCGGUAUUUUAUACGUUCGCUACGACGCUUCGAGAAAAGGUCAAAGACGUCGUCCCAACGGAAUCACAUCACUUCAUUGGUCAUCUACGCAACCGCGGGAAAUUGGUCCGAUGUUAUACACAGAAUAUCGACCAGAUCGAAGAGAAGGUUGGGCUUUCCACCUCGCUACAGGACGGGCCGGGGCAUCGGGGUCGCUUCUCGAGGAAAUCUGUCGGGGCCGUCUUGGCGACGGUGGCAACGGGAGGUGCGACGGGAGAGUCUGUCUCCGCAACACCAGAAACGAGUGACGCGAAAGAUUCGGAGGAGCCAAAAGCGCCAGAUGGUGGCGGAAUACCAGAGUCGUCCGAAGCCACCCCGUCAGCCGAGCCACAGAUUCAGCAACAGGCUGACAAGAAGUCGAAUGGUGUAGAAUGUGUUUUCUUGCACGGUUCACUGGAGUCUCUUCGGUGUUUUCUCUGUGGGAAGAUAUGCGACUGGGAUGAAGCGGACAGAUCACACGAGACACUCUCUGGGCGACAGCCUGAGUGCCCAUACUGUGCUGGAGCAACGGCUGCACGGCAAGAGAGAGGCAAGAGAGCGUUGGGUGUGGGCAAGCUGAGACCAGAUAUCGUACUCUACGGCGAAGAGCACCCGAACGCCCACCUCAUUUCACCCAUCGUUACCCAUGACUUGGGACUGUCACCGGACCUGCUCCUCAUUCUCGGCACGUCACUGAAAGUUCAUGGCCUGAAGAUUCUCGUCAGAGAGUUCGCCAAGACUAUCCACAGCAGGGGCGGCAAAGUCGUCUUUGUCAACUUCACGAAACCCCCAGAGAGUUCAUGGGGGGAUAUCAUCGACUACUGGGUACAGUGGGACUGCGAUGCAUGGGUUGCCAACCUGAAGGAGAGAGUGCCCUUGCUCUGGCUGCCGCCCGGCACAAAAUCUACACCUCAGAGGCCAAUGGCAGUCCGCGAUGACAGAACCAGCGCUGCUUGGGUGACAUGGAAGGUGAUGGCUGAACUUCGCCGUAUCGUUGGCAGCAUGACUCCGACGCCAUCGACAUCCCCUACACCCCAACGUGUUGAGAAGCCAAAGACGAGGAGAUCGAGGAAGUCAGCACCGGCUGCUCUGUCACGGCCGGCUCCUGUUCUUCCUGACCGAACAGAAAAGAGCCUCGAGCUUAGACCAAUGAUGGCACAGGUCGAGCAGGAGACUGGCCACACAGAGUUGGCUCGAAACGAGGGUGCCGAUGCGCAAGUGGCCAUGUCAGACGGAGCGGAAAGCUCAAUCUUUGCCGCUGUCAAACUCAAUCCUCGGAUGCGGAAGCGAAAGACGAUCGAUGGCGAGGAGAUUUUCGUGCCCGGCAUGCCGCGGCCGCGCCCCUCCAUGGAGUCACUCAGGUUGCCACCGCUUCAAACAACCAAGGCGCCCGCCGCCACGCCUUCGAAGCCUCAACCAUUGGAGCCGCUUAGCUCCCCCGCUGGUCCGCUGUCAGCUAUCUCGUCCAACACGCAGACUCGGGUCGACACACGCAUGGCGAACCCUUUCUUUCUAUCGGAUCCCCUCUUGUUACGACUAAUCCAGGCCCCGGAAUGGACCCCUCCUCAAAGCCAUGGUUUCAAGCCCAAUAAGGUUGAAAGGAAAUCCAACAAGGAUGCAGACGCCGCUAUGGCGUUGCAGGAUCUCAAGCAAGGAUAA